GAAAGAGAAACGACGACGACGACGACAACGGCGGCUGUGUAUGUGUGUGUGUCUGUUUGUGUGUGUGUGUGAGCGAGAGAGAGAACGAGGGCAAAGCUUCAGUUUUUGCCCUGCUGCUGCUGCAAUUUUUUUUCCCGACGAGGACCAGCCAACCUUCUUUCUUUCUCGUUUUUUUUUUUUAAAUUAUACAAUACCAAUAUCAACCGCCUCCCACUCCCCAAUUUCCAAUUUCCGGGAAUUUUUUAUUUUUAUUUUUUUUUAAAAAAAGAGGGGGCAGGAAAAAAAAUAUGUCGGUCUGUUUUGUAGAAACUGAUCAAGACUCGGUGGCGUUGAAAGCUUUCCAGAAGAUGUCCAGUGAUAGACAAAGGUCAGAUGAUGAAAGCCCAAGUACCAGCAGUGGUAGUUCAGACGCAGAUCAGAGGGACCCACCAGCACCUGAGCCCGAGGAACAGGAAGAAAGAAAACCUUCUGCAACACAGCAGAAGAAAAAUACCAAACUCUCCAGCAAAACUACUGCUAAACUAUCUACUAGUGCUAAAAGAAUUCAGAAGGAGCUAGCCGAAAUCACCCUGGAUCCACCUCCGAACUGCAGUGCUGGGCCUAAAGGCGACAACAUCUACGAAUGGAGAUCUACUAUCCUAGGCCCCCCAGGUUCUGUGUACGAAGGUGGCGUAUUUUUUCUGGAUAUCACAUUUUCAUCUGAUUAUCCGUUUAAACCACCAAAGGUUACUUUCCGUACUAGAAUCUAUCACUGCAACAUCAACAGUCAGGGAGUCAUCUGUCUGGAUAUCCUGAAAGACAACUGGAGUCCUGCUUUGACUAUUUCAAAGGUUUUGCUGUCUAUUUGCUCCCUCUUGACAGACUGCAAUCCUGCUGAUCCUCUGGUGGGAAGCAUAGCCACUCAGUACCUGACCAACAGAGCAGAACAUGACAGGAUAGCCAGACAGUGGACCAAGAGAUACGCAACAUAAGUGAUGUUGUUGACUACUUGGCGCAGUGUGAAGGUGCGGGGAUGCAGCUUUGCAGUGUGCAACCAAACUUUAUAGCCUUUACAAUACGGACUUCUGUGUAUAUGUUAUACUGAUUCUACUCUCUGCUUUUAUCCUUUUGAAGAUUGGAAUACUGCUUUCUCUCCCUCCUCCCCUUCCCCAAAAGGUAAAUGCUGUCAAGAGUAGAACUUUGUAGCUGUAGAUUAGUUAUGUUUAAAAUGCCUACUUGCAAGUCUUGCUUCUUUGGGAUAUCAAAAUGUAUUUUGUGAUGUAACUAAGGAUACUGUUCCUGAAGUCAACCAAAUAUAAUAGUGCAUUUUAGCCUAAUUCAUUAUCUGUAUGAAGUUAUUAAAGGUAGCUGUAGAUUACUAGGAAUUACGUCAUUUGUAUUAAGCCCAGAUCUAUUUCCGAUAUGUGGUACAUGCUGUUGUGAAAAAUGUUUAAGACUUUUACCUUUGUCAGUUUGUAAUGAAAAGGAUUUCUUUUAUCCUUGUCCCCUCUCAUCGCCACCCACCUUGUAGCUCAGAGAGCAUCCAGUGUAUCAUCUCAAACACAAUAAACAUGUUCCCCAAGGAA